AUGGAGAACACCAAGACGCAAGAGGUCGACGUCGGCCUUCAGGCCGAUAUCAAGCGCGAAAAGACCAAUGAGCACGUCAAGGCUGCCAACCCGGGCCAGCUGGAAAAGCAGGUCAGCCCUAACUCGGAUCUUGCCGUUCGCCCCGAUAGCGAGGCGGUUGAUGACAUGUAUGAGCGCAAGGUCUACAUCCUCAACAAGGUGCUCAACGAGCACAUCGGCAUGGGCAAGGUUCAAUGGCAGCUUUUCCUCCUCUCUGGCUGGGGCUGGAUGGCCGAUAACCUGUGGCUCCAAGGAGUCGCCAUUAUUCUGCCUCAAGUCUCGCGUGAAUUCAACAUCCAGAGCAACAUUCGCUGGAUGACGUUUGCGCUCUACUGCGGUCUUAUCUGUGGCGCUGCCAUUUGGGGUGUUUUGGCGGAUGUCAUCGGCCGUCGUCCCUCAUUCAAUAUUACCCUCUGCAUCGCUGGCAUCUUCGGUAUCGCCGCCGGUGGCGCACCUAACUUUGUCGGUCUUGGCGGCCUCCUCGCCGCUCUCGGUUUCGGUCUCGGCGGCAAUCUCCCAGUCGACGGUAUGAUGUUUCUCGAAUUCAUCCCCGCUAACAGACAGUACCUGCUCACGCUGCUCUCUGUCUUUUGGGCGCUCGGACAGCUGCUCGCUUCGCUCGUCGCAUGGGCUUUCAUUGCCAACUAUUCGUGCGACGGCUACGAGAGCAACACGCCCGGCACCAACACUGUCCCUUGCGACGUUUCGCGCAACAUGGGCUGGCGAUACACGUUCUAUACGCUCGGUGCCCUCACCUUUGUCAUGUUCAUCGCCCGCUUCUUUGUCUUUCGUCUUCCCGAAUCGCCCAAGUUUUACUUGUCAAAGGGCAUGGAUGCUGAGGCCGUCGCUGUGCUCAAGGAGAUCGCCCGCAGGAACGGCAAGCCGCUCGGCGAUGACAUUAUCUCGGUCGAAAUCUUCAGGUCAGCUGCUGGCCAAGAGGCAGAUAUGGACGUCCGUUCCGUCGAAGACGAGCCCACUGGUUUCAAGGCGAUCAUCUCUGCUCCUCGCCGCAUGCUGAAGAGUUUCGAACACGUAUCGUUCACCCCCGACCUCUCGCACGUCAGGCCCCUGUUUUACGGCUGGAGGAUGGCGACCACCACCACCAUCCUAUGGAUUCUCUGGUCGCUUAUCGGUCUCGCCUAUCCUCUCUACAACGCCUUCCUGCCCAUUUACCUGUCAGAAGCACAGGGCGUCGAGGAUACUUCUUCGGUCGACACGACCUACCGCAACUAUGCCAUUAUUUCGAUUUGCGGUAUUCCCGGCUCCAUUAUCGCCGCAUGGCUGGUCGAGCUCCCCAGGUCUGGACGUCGCGGCGCUCUCGGCAUCGGCACCAUCUUGACUGGCGUCUUCCUUUUCCUGUUCACCACCGCCUCGAACGAAGGCGCCGUGCUCGGUUUCAACUGUGCUGCCGCCGUGGUGCAGAACAUCAUGUAUGGUGUCCUUUACUGCAUUACUCCCGAAGUGCUUCCCGCUCCUCAUCGAGGAACUGGCGAUGGUAUCGCUGCCGCCCUCAACCGUAUCUUUGGUGCGAUGGCGCCCAUCAUCGGCAUCUACGCAGGUGGUACCGCACCACUCUACGUCGCUGCAUCACUCUUCCUCUUCUCGGGUGUUCUCGCCUUCUUCAUCCCACUCGAGUCGCGAGGAAAGUCUGCACUCUGA